AAGUAGUAGCAGAAGAAGCAACAGGUAGAGAGGAUUUGCCGCGUGAGUGUCCUGUGUUUCCGCGGUGUUCGUGUUCUCCGCUAGCGUUCAACUCUCCAAAGUGAUUGAGUGAGAGCAGCAGCAGCAGUAACAGAAGUAAGGAAGUAAUAGAUUGGAUAGAUAAGAUGCCUUGUUCGGCUGUGACUUUGAGUCUGGCGACGAUCACUUCGAUCAUCGCCGUCACCCUCCUCACCAUCGCCUUCGCCACCGACAAUUGGUUACGCAUCGAAGUCAAAAGGGCAGAAAUACAAGAUUUCUUGAGCAAGCACAGCGAUGCCCAGAGUCAGGCGCUUCUCGACAGCGUCAACUCGAAGUACUACUAUUACACGCGGACGAAAGGACUCUUCAGAAUUUGCUACCCGAAGGAGCGACCACCGACAGUAAAAACUUAUCUUAGUCCGGUGGAGACGCACUGCAACAACAUCAACUACUUCAUACCGGACGACAACAACGAGACCGGAAACUUCACCGAUGACGCCUGGACCAAAUUGCAUAUGGGCAGAUCGAUGAUCGCCCUCUUCGUCAUCUCCUUUUUAGCCAUCUUCUCUGCCUUCUGCACCGGAGUGACGGGAUGCUGGAGGCGAUCACCUGGAAACAUCACGGCCACGGCAAUCCUCAUGCUGCUCGCAUGUCUUCUGAGCGCCGGCGCGAUGGGUCUCUGGCACGGGGUGGACUAUUACGAACGCGAGAAGGUCGUCGGAGAGGAGUACCCGCAACAGUGGAGCAGCGUGCUGCAAGACAACACGGAAGUCUCUUACGAUUGGAGCCUCGUCUUGGGCUGGAUGGGCGUAUUUUCGGCGUGCUUCUCGUUCUUCCUGUUCCUGUUCGGUUCGUGCUGCCUGAAUAGCGAGAAGCAGCAGGAGCAGCUCAAUAAUAUGCAAUACAUAAUGCCAGUGUAUCCGCAGAAGCAGCAGUACGCGUACGGCGGAUAUCCGCUUCCGACGCCGCAGGCCUACGCAGGUCCGUACUAUACCACCGGAUCCGCCGCCUACGGUCCCUACAAUUAUUAACAAAACAGAAGAAGGUAGAACAACAACAACAACAAAAACAACAGAUAUCAUACAAUCAUAGAACGACGACAACUACGAUGAUGAUGAUGCAAAUGAUGACAACAUGAACAACUGCGGGGAGGUGAAAUCCCCCC